UGCGGCAGUAGGAAGCAGCAGUUCGGCCGCUUGCAAGAAAGUUGCACCUUUUGCCUUUUCUCCUGCUUUCCUUCCCGGCUUUCGUUUUAUUCCGUUUUUGCAAAGGCAGAGGCAAAGGACGGGCAUGGUGCGGACCAAGGCGAACUGCGGAGGCACCGCCGGUGCCUAUCGGAAAGUGGUAGCUGCUAGGGCUCCUCGGAAGGCGCUGGGCUCUGGCCAGGCGAAUGUUAGUUCGUCUCCUACAACAAGGAAAGCGGAGAGUAAGUACGCAGGAGGCAAUCCGGUAUGUGUGAGGCCAACUCCUUCCUGGCAAAAAGGCAUCGGAGAAUUCUUCGGGCAAACUCCAAAUCGUCGGGAAAAAGAGAACCACAACUUGGAGGAGGAGCCUGGGUGCAGCGAAAUAGGAAAACGCAGAAAGAGAGCACGUCCAUUGCCUCCUUGUCCUGCAGAACAGGAUGAAUGUGAAGAUGAUUAAAUGUGAGCUAAUCCUAGAUCUGCGAGCAGAUCUUGUGCUCCCAGAGCAUUGUGUAUAGGCUGUAUAUAUAUUGCAUAUAUUCCGUUUGAAUUUGAGUCUUUAUAAGCAUCUGGCAUGCUAUUCUGUUGACUAAAAUAACUUAAAAGUUGGCAGACUAAAAAAAAAAAAAAAAGGCAGGUCAUUGAUACAAUGCUCUUAAUACUAAACUGUUUUAAUGAUUCUUAACUACUAACUACAUGCUUUGUAUUAAAUUCGUUUUGCUUUUUUAAGCACUUAUUAAAGUUCUGUGCCAUAUCAGUGUUAAAUAACAUUCUUAUGCUUCUGUAAAAAAAUCUACUCGUUGCUAUGCUGGAUACCUAGUUUUUGUCCUCCCUAUAAACUAGAAAAAGCUGAAAGAAUAAUUCUUUUGGAUUUUAAAAAAACAAGGCCCAAGAAAUGUAUCUCAUUACAGUGGCAGAAUAGUAGACUUUCUAUAUGGCCCUGUACAAUAGCUUGAAUAGGCCAAAAUGUGGUACAAAGGCAACGCGAAGCACAGAAUUGCUGUUAUUAGAAAUAACAUUAAUGCUUCUAAAGAUUUCCCAGUUUGCUUCCAUCUCUCUUUUGCAGCAUUGGGGGUGGGGUUAAAAUCCUUUCUGAUUAACCAAUUACUACAUUAUUUGUAAUUGUGAAAUUGGCCUAAUAAAGAUACAAAGGAGCGUUUU